CCUAUCUCUAAUAUGUGUAUAGUAAAUCUAGUAAAUAAUGUAGUAAUACUAAAAUAAUCUCAUAGUAGUCACAAGACUGCCAGUACUGAAACUCUUACUUGUUUUCUAGCUCUUGUCUUUCGCAUCCCCGUUUUGAAUUCUCUCCCUCUUAUAAUACUAAAAUAAAAAUAUCACAUGAUACUAUUUUUUUUUCUUAUAAAACCUCUUCAAAGUCCACUUCAAUAUUUUCAACUACAACCAAGCCCUCAUUUCUCUCUGCUACAUCGCUUUCUACUUUUUCUCACAUAUCACUAACUCACUCUCUUCCUCACAAUUCAGAUUUUGAAAACAAGAAAAAUGUCGGUGAAUUUGAAUUCAAGAGGGAGAUCAGGAACCACUACCAGAGAAACCAGUCCAGAGAGAACCAAAGUUUGGAUCGAACCAAAACCCAAAACGACCAGAAAAGUUUCCGUCGUUUACUACCUCUCCCGUAACGGCCAACUCCAACACCCUCACUUCAUGGAAGUUCCUCUCUCUUCACCUCACGGACUCUAUCUCAAAGAUGUAAUCAUUCGCUUGAACUUGCUCCGUGGGAAAGCCAUGGCUACUAUGUACUCAUGGUCAUCUAAACGGAGUUAUAAAAACGGUUUCGUUUGGCAUGAUUUAUCGGAGAAUGAUUUCAUAUAUCCAACGCAAGGUCAAGACUACAUUCUCAAAGGAUCUGAGAUUCUCGAUCAUGUUGCUUCAACCACUCAAACGCCGUUUGAGGAAGAAUCUGAUUCUCCGGUGGUGAUUACGCGGCGGCGCAACCAGUCGUGGAGUUCGAUUGAUUUAAAUGAGUAUCGAGUUUAUAAGUCUGAAUCGUUGGGUGACUCAGUUGGAAACAUUGCCGCGGAUGCGUCGACUCAGACGGAGGAGAAACGGAGGCGGAGAAGAGUUGUGAGAGAGAAGGAAGAUGAAGAUGAAGAUGAGAAAGAGAAGAAUGAAAUUGAAAAUGAAGAAGUUGAAACGGUCCCACACGUUGAAUGUAAUGAAAAUCAGAGUACGGAGCUGAGUAGGGAAGAGAUCUCGCCUCCACCGUCGGAUUCGAGUCCGGAAACACUGGGAACACUUAUGAAGGUAGAUGGACGGCUGGGAUUACGAACUGAGGUUAUUGCGAAGGAGAAUCCGACGGUUGAGAGCUGUCCUAGUGGAAGGAUGAAAGCUUCGUCGGUACUCUUGCAAUUGUUAUCGUGUGGUGCGGUUUCUUUGAAGGAGAGUAUGAGUAAAGAUCAAGGGUUCUCAUUGCUCGGGCACUACAAGUCUAGAUUACCCCGCGGAGCAGGGAAUCAUAACAAUGAGGGUAAAGAAGUAGGGACAUUGAUGGAAAUUCCUGAAUUGAGCAGGGUGAGAUUGGAAGAUAAAGAGUAUUUUAGUGGAAGCUUGAUUGAAACCAAAAAAGUGGAAACUCCUCUUGCAUUCAAAAGGUCCUCUUCUUACAAUGCUGAUAGUGGUUCCCGGUUGCAAAUCACGGAGCAUGAAGAAGAUACGGUGCGGGCAAAGUGCAUACCAAGGAAAUCCAAGACACUAGCAACAAAGAAAGAAGAGGGUGCUUCAAGUUCCAUGGAUAGAACUAGCCGUAGCCAACAUGGAAGCAAAAGAUUUGAGGGAUAAGAAACUAAAAGAAGAGCUAAAAGAAGUUAAAUUAGUGAUGUAUAAUAAAUAGGGUAAGUACUAAUUUGAAAGUCACAUGCACAAUAUAGCCCAAUGGACAGAUACGUUAAGCAAGGAUUAGCAAUGUGAUUAAAAUACUAGUAGUUUGUUGUAGAUCUUGUCCACUGUGAUCUUUAUGUUUUGGCCAAAAGACAAUGCUUGUAACGGAUGUUUUCUGUUUCUGGCUUUUUGUGUGAUGGUGAUAAUUGCUUUUUAUUUAUUUUUUAAAAUUAUUAACUGAAGUAUUUAGUAACAAUCAAAUAUGUUGACCAUGGUUAGAUGUGAUCUGUUAAUUGCUUUUUUAAUUUAUAAGUAUACUUUCUCAUUGAUCUGUAUUCUGUAAAA